ACUCGUGGUCCUUGGUGUAAACAUACGACAUGUACUGUGCAGUGCUAUGAACUGAGAUUUUGUUCUUUCAUUUUUUCAGUAAUAUAUAGUUUAAAAAGCUUUCUUACAGGAAACAAUGUCUCUCUACGAUGACAUAGACACAGAUAAAGCCUCAGGAGCUUCAGGCUGGGCUUCAGGUAUCAAACUGAUGCACAAUCAGUUGGCUUUUAAAAAAGCAACUAUAACAGCACCAAAGCGCGACCAAACACGGCGUGUAACAGGGACGAAGCUGCCCCCAGUCAUAGACCUUAAAUCCCGUCGAGAUGAAGAUGAAAAUGCCCAACAAUCUCUUUUUUACAUGCCAGGCCAGAAGCAGGAGUUUGCGAGACAAGGAUCAGGAAAUUCACCAUACAUGGGCUCCAAUGAUCCUGAAUGGAAGUUUAUGAAUGAAUAUGAUCCAAUCUGGCCAAAUGAUUACGAGAAAGUUGUUAAAGAUAUGAGAGAGAGGAGAGAUCGAGAAGAGGAAGAAAAAAGAAAAAAAGAAAGAGAAGAAAGAGAAAGGAAGAGAAGAGACAGGAGUGGUGCUGAGGAAACAGGCUUUGCGAGGCUGAGAGAACCAGAGGAGGAAGAGGAGGAUGAUGAACGGCCAAGGAGAGGGGGUGGAGGUGCGGCCAUUGCCCCUCCUCCAUCCUUGGGGGUGGAUGAUGCUCCAAACUCGCCUCCAAUGCCUAGCAAAGUCGGCAAUUUUGCUGGCAUUGGCAGUUCUAUUGCAGCGAAGAUUAUGGCCAAGUAUGGUUUUAAGGAGGGUCAAGGGUUAGGGAAGAGUGAGCAGGGCAUUGUGCGAGCACUUGAGGUUGAAAAAACUAGUAAGCGAGGCGGCCGCAUUGUGCUAGAGCGAGAGGAUUCACCUGGCCCCCCUACUAUGCCUCCCCCUGUGGCCCCACCUCCACGGCCUGCCCAGACUGAAAAACCAGAAACCAACAUCGCACACAUAUUGCGAAACCCAUCAAAAGUGGCUCUUCUACGGAACAUGGUGGGGCCUGGGGAGGUAGAUGAUGAGUUGGAACCAGAAGUGCGAGAGGAAUGCAAUGGAAAGUAUGGGACAGUUGUACAAGUUGUAAUCUUCGAGAUCCCGCGGGCAGUCCCUGAGGAAGCAGUUCGCAUAUUUGUUGAAUUCCAGAGAGUUGAAUCAGCAAUCAAAGCUGUUAUUGACCUCAACGGAAGAUUCUUUGGUGGCAGACAAGUAAUGGCUGGCUUCUAUGAUCACGAGGACUUCAAGGCAUACAAACUCAAUGAGAGGACUGAGUGAAGUCUGUAAUUGACCUGAACGGAAGAUUUUUUGGCGGCCGUCAAGUCAGGGCAGGUUUCUAUGAAUAUGAAGACUUCAAGGCAAAGAGGCUGAAUGAACUGACUGAAUAAACAUUAGGGUGUCAUAGCCUGUAGAAGUGGAGUUAGGUCUUCUUACAGUGAAUGAUGAGACAUUGUUUAAGUCAGAGAAUUGUCCUUUUUAUGUUUCAAAAUGUGUGCUGUGUUCACACAUACAGUUUAGACUUCAUUGUGAUCUUACAAUAAUUGGUCUGUGGCUUUUGAUGCUGUUUUGUGUCUUUACUUUCUGUUUUGUAAGAGUAGAGAAAAUUAUUUCAGAUAAUCCUACAAAAAUACUGUAAAUUAUGACAGAAUUAGGGAAAACAAGGAUUAUGAAUAAAAACCGUAAAGCUA